AUGGAGCGCCCAUUGCAAGCAUUCCGCAUCGCCGGUUUGCCUCCAGACUUUUACUACAUUCCGAACUUUAUCUCGGUGGAAGAAGAGGCAUCGAUCUUGCAGAAGAUCCCGGCGCAACGGUGGAUAACACUGACCCACCGCCGCCUCCAAGCGCACCCCUCCACACUUACCAAGUACAACACUCUCCUCGCCUCUCCACUUCCAGCCUACCUGGCCAAUCCAGUCAUCCCGCGAUUCAAAGACCUGGGUAUCUUCGAUCACACACCGCACCAGCAACCGAACCACGUGCUCAUCAAUGAGUACAAGCCAGGUGAAGGCAUCAUGCCGCAUGAAGAUGGCAAGGCGUAUGCGAGUGUAGUUGCGACCGUGAGUUUAGGCGGGGCGGUGUGUUUGAGUAUCACGCCAAAGCCUGCUUCAACGGACAAGGAUGGACAAGAGGGGGAAGAAGCUGGGAAGGGGCAGUGGAAGGUACCAACACGCAUUCUGCAAGAACCGAGAUCGCUGCUCAUUACGACUGGAAAUGCGUAUGAGUCGCUACUGCAUGGUGUCGAUGCCGUGGAGUUUGAUGAAGAGUUGAAUGCUGAUACGGUAGCGAACUGGCUGCUGCUAGCCAAUCGAACGGUCUUCGAGGAAGCAGGCAGUCGCAACGUGAGGGAGACUAGGAUUAGUCUUACCUACCGAGAUGUAUUGAAGGUCAGCUCUGCGGCAAGCAAGGUUCUUGGAGGCCUGGGUAGACGUUAG